UUGCUCUCGCUCGCUGUAUAUGUAUAUUACUGAACGCGGAGCUCAGUAUCUGCCAUUCACACGCCAACUUCGGCCUUACAAACUUUUAUACAUGUCUAUACGCUGACCUUAGGUAACCUAAUGGUAAGGUUACGUUGAAUAAUCGCAGGAAAACUUAUUUAGAAAAGAAAAUGUGUCGGUGAAUGGUUAUAUUUUUUUAGUUAAAGUGUUUGUAUGUGUAGAUGAUAUAGACCAACAACUUUAGGCCGUGUAUAAUGUUUUCUAAGACUUGUAGAGGAAAUGAGAUAAUAGUGUGGUUGAUGUUUAUUUUUUGUGUGAAAUAUACACUGGGUUAUGAUGAAUGGAAUGGAAAAUGGUGUCCAAAAGUUCAGACACGGAUGGUGACGUGUCGACAGCCAAGAUGGGAUUGGCAUCAAGACAGAAGUUCAUCACAUGGUCAGAUUAGAAAGUAUUAUACAGUAGUUUAUCGUCAACAGAAAGAAGUAAGAUGGCGAUGUUGUCCUGGUUUUCAAGGAGAAAAAUGUGAUGAAGAAUGUUUUAACUGUACCACUAUAGGCGAUAUAAAAACUAGAUUAGCCAAUGCUGAAAGCAUCGUCAGAAAGCUCACAUACAUGAGAACACCUUCUCGUACAGACACUCCACAACCAAUAACCUCGACAGAUUGCAAUUGUAAGGACGGGGAACCGGGUGCUAAAGGAGACACUGGAUUGAGAGGUCCGCCAGGCAUCCCUGGUGUUCCAGGUCCCAGAGGUCCAGCAGGAGAACCUGACUCCGCGGCUCUGGCACCUCUAGCUAUAACAGGUCGAAAACGAGGACCACCAGGUAUCCCAGGUCCAAGAGGACAGAUCGGUCCGAUGGGGUUACCUGGAAUGAAAGGUGAACCAGGAAGUCGCGGGUCACCAGGAACACCCGGCAGAAUCGAGUAUGACCAAGACACAGAGAGAGAAAGUAGAUUAAUUAGUCUUGAAGAAAGGUUAAAGACAUUAGAAAAAUACAUUUUACAAUUAGAAGAGAAAAUAAAUAAAAGCCAACAAACAAGAGAAGAUUAUGAAGUAUUAGAGGCUAGAGUAGUUUUAUUAGAGGAAAUAUUUCCUAAAUUAUCAGCGCUCAAGUUAACAGACGAAACUGCUCUUGCUCCCAUCCUUAGAGCUUUAGCUGAUCAGCAUGGAAGAGAAUCAUCCAUUAAUAAAAAUGCUCAGACUGCUUCCUAUACUGACAAUCAUCACAGAAAGCACGAACAGAUCGAUAAGAAACGACUAAGCAAAAGAAAAGGCCGCGCUUUAAAGCAACCCCGAGUGCAAAGUUGAUUAAUACGAAACUUUUAGCAUUAGUUUUGUUUUUGUUUUCCGCGACCUAUAUUACCUCAAAACACAGAAGAAUCCCCCGAGUUGAGAGUUACGCGAGCAACGUAUCGUAUGUAUUUGUGCUAAUCUGAAGGGUGUUGGACAAUAAUGGUUUAUCAUAUCAGAAUCCUUUAGUGCUCACCGUGUUGGUUAAAGAUACAUUAUGUAAGAUUGAGAUAAAGAGCUGAUCGUUAUUGCUAUACACGUUUAAAGAUACAUUAUGUAAGAUUUAUAUCAACAGCUGAUCGUUCUGUGUAUACUAGUUCAAACAUAGACAAUGCGAAAUGAAAAUAUUGAAAAUUUCAGACAGAUUACUUUAUUCUGAGCAAAGUUAUCAGUGUUUUAAGUUUUGAUAUAGAUUGUUUAAUAUCUUAUCAACGGUACUUAACAAUCGAGACUAAGUCUAAAUUAUCCAUUUUGAAAUUAAAUUAUUAAAUUUCGACCGUGUUUCAAUCUAUUCAAAUCUCGGUCAUCCGAUGACCUAGGGAGUUAAUUAUAGCCCUGGUGUGUGAAUAAAUGUCUAAAUAAUACUUUAUAUAACACCUGAAGCCAAAAUUCAGAUUCAAUGGGCGUCCUUGCUAGAGGUAAAGGGACAUAAUUUAUAGCUGAGGCGCUCCCACGUGACCUCAUUGUUUACCUUACAGCAUUGUUUUCCUGUUCAUUCAUUACGAACUGGUGUGUUGAUAAACGUUAGUUUUGGUCGUUAAUAUUGAAUUUAAUCCCGACACGGGUCUCUUAUCAUCGAUAAGGUCACGUGGAACCGAGUUUUUACUAGCGACGCCUGGUGGGAAUUCCUUCAGCGGGGACGCCCAUUCAGAUUUAGCUCUUACAUGAUGCAUCUUUAAAUGACAAAAAGAACGACACAGCUGUGGGUGUUACAACCGCUUACCUCUGUCGACCCCCAAAGAAGAUCAAAGCUCAAUAUGUGUUUAGAGCAGUUGUCGAUUUGGAAUUUGUGGAACUUUGAUUUAAAAAAAAAUAGUUGCACCUGCGAAUUAAACGACCUGCCUUUUUUCUUCCAAACACCGAGACACUUUGUUUCAGGAUUUUAAUGGAAGUGAACUGUCUAACAUGUUUUUUUUUUAUUUGUAUACAUGGAAA